UCAAUGUAAUUGAAUAUGCAACGGCCAUUUUAGAACAGCAUCACUACGGUAUACACAUUUAGCUAUUUCAAUGACACUUGUCAUAAUAUCCUAACACAGAUAAUUAGCAACUUGGUUUUGGAUUAUUUGGGAGUUGGCUACCAACUGGAGAUGAAUUGAACAACAUGGACUGGUCAGACUAAUUAUUUUUCCACACUUCACACUCACCAUGCCAAGUUGUCAAAAGAAAAUUAUAUUCUCUGUUGCCGGAGUGUUGAGUUUCGGGUGCGUCCUCAUUAUUGCCGCCGCGAUGGGGACGCAGUUUUGGGUCCAGGGGACUGUGUUGUGUACAACCGGGGCGCAACUUGUAAAUGCCACAGGACAAGAGCUGGAUAAAUUUGUCGGUAGGGUUAACUAUGGACUUUUUCACGGACAGAGAGUGAAGCAAUGCGGACUUGGUGGAAGACCCUUCAGAUUUUCAUUUUUUCCGAACUUGGUGGACGUCAUCCCAGCCAGUCUUCACGUCACUGUGAUCUUCUUCUGCGUAGUGCUCAUCUUCUUCUCCUCUGUGGCCACAGGCUUCUUUAUGUACAAUGCCUUUGGUAGUCCCUACGAGACCCUGCACGGACCCCUGGGACUCUACCUCUGGAACUUUGUCUGCUGCCUCUGCAGCUGCCUGGUGAUGAUUCUGUUUGCCUCCGAGGUGAAGCUCCACCGGCUGUCCGACCACAUCGCAAACUUCAACGAGAGCACGUUUGUGUACAAGACGCUCACAGAGCAAUUUGACCACUCCUUCUGGCUCAUCUUCCUCACCUUCCUCGUUCAUGGCCUUAACAUCCUGCUGAUCCGUGUGGCCGGGAUCCAGUUCCCCUUCCAGGAGGCCAAAGAGUCGGACGUGAACACCGGGGCAUCAGAUCUCAUGUACUGACCAGGGCUUUUGUUUGUUUGUGUGGCCGCUUGCCGGGCCCCCCCACUAUAGUGACACUGAGCCUCAGCUAUUAGCGUGUCUCAAUGGGAGACUUGGGGCCAUAGCUUUUAUGUGCCCAUGUGCUGUUGAAAGGUCCAAGCAAAUGUGACCCUCCUGAACCGCUUCUUUUCCGAAAUCCAGUGACAAGCUGUCAGUCCUUCAGACGACAACUGGAGACGUGUCCCUGGCCAGCUCUGUUAGGGAAGCUGUUUUGAAACUUUGAGUGAGUUGGGUCUUGUUUUUCUUUCUGUUGUUAAUUGGUUGUAUUUCGUUAGGUGGUGGGCCAAUUAAAGGCCAGGAUUUCACUUAGCUGUUGAAAAGCAGAGACUUGGUUGGUUCCACUCCAUCAUGUUUUUACGUGCAUUGGCAGUCCUUCCCUUGGCAGUCCAAAGCUUCAUCAAUGAAGGUGGACUGUUCAACAGUGUGUCACGAUUGAUUUACCAGAAUAGGUACCAUGUGUAUUAUGGAUUGACGAUAUCGUAGCCUUUCAAUUUUUCCCCCUAAAUGUAUUGCAAGACCACAGCUGUAUAAAGUAAACUGGGCAGUUUCUUUAGCCCUUUAGCCCAGAAUAUUGGUUUUUACUUCCUCAGAUUUAGAUGUUGCUUCAUUGUUUGAUCAAAUGAUGUAUUCAGAAUCAUGUGAUGUGCCAAUUUUUAUGAUUUUAAUGAUGAUCAUUCCUAAUACAACAUUUAUUUUAUGAAAUGUGUAGAGCUACUUAGAUUUGUUGUAGAUUUAUAUGCUGUUAUUGGUGUAAGUCCGAGGUAUAUGUAUUCUCUGUCGUAGGAAGAACAAUUGUA